AUGGACGAAUCAAAACUGAAAACAAAUUCUUCCUUCGCCAGUGCAACAACCGUACAGAACAGUUAUCCUGUUAGCGAUUCACAGAGAAAACAUCUGUCAUUAUCGCCGUCUGUUUAUACGGAUAAAUCAUCGACACCAUCUCCAACUCAUACUACUGCAGCAGCAAAUCAGUUCAAAAAGCCUUUCCUUACCUCAUUUAAAAAGACAGUAGGAAGUUUGUUUGCUAAAUAUUGGUUUCUUCUGGGCUUGUUCAUUGCUAUCAUUCUAGCGAUAUUCUUUCCUAAUGUAGCGAGGAAAGGUGGAUAUCUUCGAGCUGAGUGGACAAUCAAGUGGGGUGCUGUCAUUGUUAUUUUCUUAAUAUCCGGUUUAUCGCUAAGAACAAAAAUCUUAGCAGAGACAAUCUUACGUCUACGACUUCACUUUCUGAUCCAAACCAUCAACUUGAUUAUCAUUCCUUUCACUGUCUUUGGCCUCGUUUUAUUAUUCUUUAAAUGCCAUAUGAAUAUCAAUUCUUUGUUACUUGUAGGCGUCGUCAUUGCAGCAAGUACGCCUACUACUGUCUCCUCUAAUGUAGUCAUGACAAAAAAUGCAGACGGCAAUGAGGCUUCCGCUUUGAUGAAUGCUGCGUUGGGUAAUGUACUAGGUAUUUUUGUCUCUCCAGCUUUAGUAUCUGCCUUUCAAGGUCCCUUAUUGGCAGCUACUCCAGAGGAUGAAAGCGCCGCUCAAGCAGGUGGACAAGUCGACUUUGUCCAAGUUCUUAAGCAAUUAGGCCUGACUGUCUUGGUACCACUCAUUGUAGGCCAAAUAUUCCAAUGGUUUUUUACUGAUUUAGCAGCCAAAAUCAAAGUGAAGUGCAGACUAUCAGAUGUCAGCAGCUUCAUGCUCUUAACCAUGGUUUGGUCUGUCUUUUCAGACGCUGUUUACUCUGGUUCUUUUGCUGCUGUCAAACCAAAAGAUGUUGUAGCGGUAGCUAUUAUGAAUGCUGGUUUCUAUAUCUUAUUCUCACUGCUAUGUCUCGUGCUCGCUCGACUUCCCCUACCAAGGUUUAUCGAAACUCCUGCGAUCGUCAAGAGAUUAAGAUAUUCACGAGAAGAUACAGUUGCUGUGAUGUUCUGUGGUGCUACCAAAACAGUAGCUAUGGGUGUUCCACUUAUCAACGUUUUAUAUCAAAAUGGUGAUCCUGGUACGGUUGGAGUUUUAUCUACACCUUUAUUACUUUAUCAUGUUGAGCAAUUGAUCUUUGGUAAUAUUGAAGUUGAAAUUCUCAAAAAAUGGGUAAAACGCGGUAAAGCAAGAGAACUGCAAAAACAACAACAACAAUCAUCAGAAGAAACAGAUGAAGCAAUAGCCCCUUUUCCAUCUGCAAGGGACGAAGAAGAAAGUGUAGUGUACCGUGAUAGUGAAGUGACGCACGUGGCUUCUCAAAUCGGUCCCCAUAAUGGUAAACAUUCGCCUUCACCUUUAUCUCAGCUGCACUAUGCGGAAAACGAACAUCAUACAUAA